GGGCCGGGCCCGGGUCGCUGCCCCGUGGGGCGGGCGGCGGCGGGCUGCUGGGGGCCAGCUUCAAGUCCACCGGCUCUUCGGUGCCAGAGCUGGAGUACGCGGCGGCCGAGUUCGAGCGGCUCAAGAAGGAGUACGAGAUCUUCCGGGUUAGCAAGAACCAGGAGUUGCUGUCCAUGGGCCGCCGAGAGGCCAAGCUGGACACGGAGAACAAGCGGCUGCGGGCCGAGCUGCAGGCACUUCAAAAAACUUAUCAGAAGAUACUCCGGGAAAAAGAAAGUGCUUUAGAAGCAAAAUACCAAGCAAUGGAGAGAGCAGCUACAUUUGAACAUGACAGAGAUAAAGUUAAAAGGCAAUUCAAGAUUUUUAGGGAAACCAAAGAAAAUGAAAUUCAAGACUUAUUGAGAGCCAAGCGGGAGUUGGAGACCAAACUUCAGAGGCUACAGGCUCAGGGGAUCCAAAUAUUUGAUCCUGGGGAGUCUGAUUCAGAUGACAACUGUACAGAUGUUACUGCUUCUGGAACCCAGUGUGAAUAUUGGACUGGUGGAGCCUUGGGAAGUGAGCCUUCCAUAGGGAGUAUGAUCCAACUGCAGCAGUCCUUCAGAGGCCCUGAGUUUGCACACAGUUCUAUAGAUGUGGAAGGACCCUUUGCAAACGUUAACAGAGAUGACUGGGAUGUUGCUGUUGCUAGUUUACUGCAAGUCACUCCCUUGUUUUCCCAUUCUCUGUGGAGUAACACUGUCAAAUGUUACCUCAUUCAUACAGAUGAGACUCAGCCCGAAAUGGAUCUUUUCCUUAAGGACUAUGCACCUAAACUUAAAAGAAUGUAUGAGACAAUGGGAUAUUUUUUCCAUGCUGUUUAUUUUCCAAUAGAUGUUGAAAAUCAAUAUCUCACUCUAAGGAAAUGGGAAAUUGAGAAGAGUUCUUUGGUUAUUUUAUUUAUGCACUUAACUUUACCAAGCUUUUUAUUGGAAGACUGUGAAGAAGCUUUUCUGAAAAACCCUGAAGGAAAACCAAGAUUAAUUUAUCAUCGUUUGGAGGAUGGGAAAAUCAGUUCCGACUCUGUCCAGCAAUUUAUUGAUCAAGUUUCCAACCUAAACAAGACCAAUAAAGCCAAGAUCAUUGAUCACUCAGGAGAUCCUGCAGAAGGGGUAUAUAAAAUUUAUACUUGUGUAGAAAAGAUUAUUAAACAGGACAUAUUGGGCUUUGAGAACACAGACCUGGAGACUAAGGAUUUGGGCAGUGAAGAUUCCAUCCCAGAAGAAGAUGAUUUUGGUGAUGUUCUGUGGGACAUCCAUGAUGAACAAGAGCAAAUGGAAGCUUUUCAGCAGGCUUCUAAUUCAGCCCAUGAGUUGGGAUUUGAGAAAUAUUAUCAACGCCUUAAUGAUCUUGUGGCAGCACCAGCCCCGAUUCCACCCCUUCUGGUGUCUGGAGGGCCAGGUUCCGGAAAGUCCCUUCUUUUAUCAAAGUGGAUUCAAUUACAACAGAAGAAUUCACCUAACACGCUGAUUCUUUCUCAUUUUGUGGGGAGGCCCAUGUCAACCAGCUCAGAGUCUUCUUUGAUUAUUAAACGACUAACUCUAAAGUUGAUGCAGCACUCUUGGUCAGUAUCUGCUCUGAUAUUAGAUCCUGCUAAGCUUCUGGAAGAAUUUCCACGUUGGCUAGAAAAACUCUCUGCUCGUCAUCAAGGCAGUAUCAUCAUCAUCAUUGAUUCUAUAGAUCAAGUGCAGCAAGUUGAAAAACACAUGAAGUGGCUGAUAGACCCACUGCCGGUGAAUGUGAGAGUAAUUGUCUCUGUGAAUGUAGAAACGUGCCCUCCGGCCUGGAGGUUGUGGCCUACACUUCAUCUUGAUCCUUUGAACCCAAAAGAUGCAAAAUCUAUUAUAAUUGCAGAAUGCCACUCUGUAGACAUUAAAUUGAGUAAAGAGCAGGAGAAGAAGCUAGAACGACACUGUCGUUCUGCUACAACCUGCAAUGCCCUUUAUGUCACACUUUUCGGCAAAAUGAUUGCACGCGCUGGGAGAGCAGACAAUUUAGAUAAGAUCCUUCAUCAGUGUUUCCAGUGUCACGACACGGUUUCACUGUAUAGACUUGUUCUACGCUCUAUCCAGGAGUCUGUGGCAAAUGAUGUGGAUAAAGAUCUAAUGAAACAGAUUCUCUGCCUCGUCAAUGUUAGUCACAAUGGUGUGAGUGAAUCAGAAUUGAUGGAACUCUAUCCUGAGAUGUCCUGGGCUGUCUUGACCUCCCUUAUUCACAGUUUACACAAAAUGUGUUUAUUGACUUAUGGUUGUGGCUUGCUCAGGUUUCAACAUCUACAGGCUUGGGAAACCGUGAGACUGGAGUAUAUGGAAAGUCCCACCAUUAUUUCUUCAUAUAGGCAAAAGCUAAUCAACUAUUUCACCUUGCAGCUAAGUCAGGACAGAGUGACUUGGAGAAGUGCAGAUGAACUCCCUUGGCUUUAUCAGCAGCAGGGAAGUAAACAGAAGUUGCACGAUUGCCUUCUCAAUCUCUUUGUGUCUCAAAAUCUUUAUAAGAGAGGACACUUUGCUGAGUUGCUGAGUUAUUGGCAGUUUGUUGGGAAGGACAAAAGCGCAAUGGCAACAGAAUACUUUGAUUCAUUGAAGCAGUAUGAGAAAAACUGUGAAGGCGAGGAGAACAUGAUUUGCUUAGCUGAUCUUUAUGAAACCCUGGGGAGAUUUCUCAAGGAUCUAGGCCUUCUCAGUCAGGCUGUGGUGCCUUUACAGAGGUCUCUAGAAAUUCGAGAAACAGCUUUAGAUCCAGAUCACCCAAGAGUAGCUCAGUCCCUCCACCAGCUAGCAAGUGUGUAUGUGCAGUGGAAGAAGUUUGGCAAUGCAGAACAACUGUAUAAACAGGCAUUGGAAAUCUCAGAAAAUGCUUAUGGUGUGGACCAUCUACAUACUGCUCGUGAACUUGAGGCACUUGCAACUUUGUAUCAGAAACAAAAUAAAUAUGAACAAGCUGAGCAUUUUAGGAAAAAGUCUUUUAAAAUUCGUCAGAAAGCUACAAGGAGAAAAGGCAACUUGUAUGGAUUUGCCCUUUUACGUAGACGGGCUCUACAGUUAGAAGAGCUUACAUUAGGUAAGGACACACCUGAUAAUGCUCGGACCCUCAAUGAACUGGGUGUUCUCUACUAUCUACAAAAUAACCUGGAAAUAGCCGACCAGUUUCUGAAGCGUUCCUUAGAAAUGAGGGAGCGAGUUCUAGGACCAGAUCACCCUGACUGUGCCCAGUCUUUGAAUAAUCUGGCGGCUCUAUGCAAUGAAAAGAAACAGUACGAUAAAGCAGAAGAACUUUAUGAAAGAGCUUUAGACAUUCGGAGGCGUGCGUUAGCUCCUGAUCACCCUUCUUUGGCAUAUACAGUGAAGCAUCUUGCAAUCUUGUAUAAGAAGAUGGGAAAACUUGACAAAGCUGUACCUUUGUAUGAAUUGGCUGUUGAAAUUCGACAGAAAUCCUUUGGCCCAAAGCACCCUAGUGUAGCUACUGCCUUGGUGAACUUAGCUGUUCUCUAUAGCCAAAUGAAAAAACACAUUGAAGCUUUGCCACUAUAUGAAAGAGCAUUAAAGAUUUAUGAAGAUAGCCUGGGUCGGAUGCAUCCUCGAGUUGGAGAAACAUUAAAAAAUUUAGCUGUGCUUAGCUAUGAAGAAGGGGACUUUGAAAAAGCUGCUGAACUAUACAAAAGGGCAAUGGAAAUAAAAGAAGCAGAAACGUCACUCUUGGGCGGAAAAGCUCCUUCACGACAUUCGUCAAGUGGAGACACAUUUAGCUUAAAAACUCAUUCUCCUAAUGUUUUCCUUCAGGUACCAAGGUAAUAGCAGCAGUUACAAUUCUUUGAAAAUGUACCUUAGCAUAAAAUAAUUAAACAUUGGAACAUUAGAAUUUGAAACUUAAAA